AUGAAGCCCCGGAUCGAAGCCAUUUUACUGCUGCUUCUCCACCUUGCCCACCCGAUUUCCAGCAUCAUUGACGUCGCGUGGUGGUCUUCCGUAGCGCAACUAUCAACAUCUCCGCUGUUGGCAUCAUCAGCGGCAAGGUCACAAUGCCAUCAUCUAAAGGGCCUCUCCCCGGGGCAAAGCCAAAUCUGCGAGCUCUUCUCCGACCACAUGCCGGCGGUGGGCAGCGGGGCGCAUAAAGCCAUUCAGGAAUGCCAGCACCAAUUCCGGGGGCACCGCUGGAACUGCUCGACGCCGUUCGGCAGCGGCUACAUCGGCCCGGCGCAUCAGCUUGGGACCCGGGAGGCCGCGUUUACAUACGCAAUCCUGUCUGCGGGUGUUGCGCACGAGAUUGGGAGGCGAUGCAAGAAAGGCGAGCUCUCGUCCUGUGGCUGCUCAUCCGACACGAAACCCAAGGAGAUGGCCGACGACUUUUCGUGGGGCGGCUGCGGGGAUAAUGUUGAGUAUGGAAGUCGUUUUUCGCGUGAUUUCAUCGACGUGCGCGAGAAGGAGGAGAGCGUCAAGCGGUCCAACGACAAUGGGCGCAGUUUGAUGAAUCGAAAGAAUAACGAGGCCGGCAGGAAGCUCCUGAAAAAGCACACGCAGCCCAAGUGCAAGUGCCACGGCGUCUCCGGCUCGUGUAACCUGAAAACCUGCUGGAUGCAGUUGCCGUCGAUGCGUGAGAUGGGCGAGCUCCUCGAAGAGCGAUACCGACGUGCCCGCCGCGUUCAGAUCAACGACCGCGGCAAUAUGCAGUUUGUCGCUGGAGCCGAGGGCCGGCGGGGAGCACGAGGGUUGCCCACCGAUCUCGUCUUUAUGGAUGAUAGUCCGGAUUAUUGCAGAUUCGACCGGUCGAUGGGCACGAUCGGGACGGAGGGCAGGAUAUGCAAGCGCGGCUCUUCCGGGCCCGAGGGCUGCGACGCGCUGUGCUGUGGCCGCGGCUACAACACGCUGACGAUAGAGACGCGCGAGAAGUGUAAAUGCAAAUUUGAGUGGUGCUGCAAGGUGGUCUGCCAGACGUGCGUCAACAGCAGUCGCGUAGACAUUUGCAAA